CAGCCGUUGGUCUUCUUGCGCGCCUGGAAGACAAACCUGACGCUGAUUGAGAGAAUCCGGUUUGAGAGACGAUGGCUUCAAAGUGCCCUAAAUGCGAAAAGACUGUUUAUUUUGCUGAGAAAGUGUCAUCACUGGGGAAGGACUGGCACAAGUUCUGUCUGAAGUGUGAGCGCUGCAGUAAGACCCUCACAGCGGGUGGCCAUGCUGAGCAUGAUGGGAAACCAUAUUGCCACAAGCCAUGCUACGCUGCCCUCUUUGGGCCAAAAGGUGUGAACAUUGGGGGUGCAGGCUCAUAUGUGUAUGAGGCUCCUGCCAACCCCUCCCCACCUGCAUCCAACGUGGACUCUGCACCAAAACCUCAGGAGAAACAGGUCCCAGCAUUUUCAAGGCCGCCAUCUAAAGCUGGAAGCAUCACAACCUUCUCUGGGGAAGCCAACUUGUGUCCCAGAUGCAACAAAAAGGUCUAUUUUGCUGAGAAGGUGACAUCACUGGGGAAGGACUGGCAUCGUCCAUGCCUGCGUUGUGAGAGAUGUAGUAAGACCCUGGCAGCAGGCAGCCACGCAGAGCACAAUGGUCAGCCCUACUGCCAUAAACCAUGUUAUGCUGUCCUCUUUGGCCCAAAAGGUGUAAACACAGGCGGUGUUGGCAGCUACAUCUAUGACAAGGAGCCCAACACGGAGGCUCAGCCUUGAUUUUUCAGUCCUUGGGAAGCCCAACUUCACUAUAAUAACAGCCACUACCAGUACCUCACACACUUUCACAUAUGCCCCACUCUUUGCCUUAUCACGGAUAACCUGUGCCAGCUUGGAUCUUUCUGCAGAAAAUGACGGCACAUACUACAACCAUGCCUUGAGCUCCAACUGCACCACUGACAGUCCCUUGGGCUCUUCUUAUUGGUCCACUUGAUGGUCCUCUACCCCAAUUCCAACUGUCUCCAACAGGAAAAUUUGAACUGCUUAAUAUAAUAAUUUCUGAUUUGCCCUAUGAUUAAUUUAAAGGUAAUUUAUUUAAUUGUAUACAGUGUCUUUGUUUGUAUAAUCAUUCAAAUGCUGUAUUGCAAGAUCCCUACUUCCACAGUACUGCAUGUACAGUAGGAUGUUUGUGUAAUGUGUAUUCUAGUAGCAGAUAAAACAACAGAAGUUCACUGAGGGAGCUUUGUUUUAUGACGAGGAGCCGGGCUGUUUGAAAUGCCUGCUGACAGAGAGAUGAAUCUCACCUUAGAGGCUCCAUGCAGGUGCGUUCGGGAGCACAUCAUCAUAAAUCUGAAAAAUAUUCCCAAACCCAGAUUUGCUUUUUGGCCAUAUGGUAACAUUCCUAUGUUUAAACAUUUUAAGAGAAGGUCUGCAGGAUGUAUGCAGACAGUAAAGUAAAAUGGCCAAGCACUUAUUUUUAAGGGGAGGACAGAUCCUGCUCCCAGAGGGCCACUGUCCUGCAGAGUUUAGCUCCAGCUCUAAUUAGGUACACCUGAACCAGCUAAUCAAGGUCUUCCAGAUUACUAGAAACUCCCAGUUUCCAAGCAGUUCUAGGUGUGUUGGGACAGGAUGGAGCUCAGAUCUGCAGGCCCUCCAGGAGCAGGUCUGGAUAACCCUUUAUUAAUGGGGUAGCUAGUUGAAGUCCACAGGGACAGAUGGGAACAGGGGUGUAUGUGAUUGGUGCUUGGUGACCAAGUAGCUGCAGCUAAUAUUUCUGAUGCCAAUCUAGUAUAGUUACAUAAUGCAUGGAAACAGAUUAAGGAAAAGAUAUGAAUAAGCUUUUGUGAUAUGAAUAUUUUAAACAAACCCCAGUUUCUCAAAGUGUUGAAACUGAAGUAUUAUGUUUCACAUUAGUUUGUUGUAAAUUUGACUACAUUCUUUCUGAAUGUGCAUUUGUACUCUGACUGUAAUUAUAUAUAAUU